GAUGCCAUGGCUUGGGAAGUCUCUGGGGACUGUCACUACCCAGCAGAAAGGCAGGCUAGUGGAGGACGGGGAUCCAAAGAGGGAGACAUCAAAGGAUGGGAAUCAUCCCCUCAGUGGCUGUGGGGCCAGGCAGAAUCUAGCUGUCCUGGCUGUGCCUCUUGCAAACACAGCACCACAUUUCCCAUCUCACCAUUCCCCUUCUGGCUAGCUGAGGAUCAUCCCCCUCCACCCAGCUUCCAGCACCCACUGGGGCAGGGGCACCUUGCCAGGAAGGGGGUAUUUCACCCUGGCGGCUUGUGGUGAUGCCCAGUUGAAGAUGUGGAUGCUCCAGCUGGGCUGGUUAGGGCCAUCAACCCCUUGGCAGGACUGUGGGAAGAAAGGGAAAGCAAAGAGCCCUGAGUCGGUCAUGGGACGGAGCCACAGGGGAGACGCCGCGGCUCUGGCGGUUGCUGCUGUUGCCGUGAGCUGGGACAGGAGGUCACUUACCAGCCCACAGGAAGGUGUGAGGGGUUCCCAGAAGGGAAAUGAGGAACUGCUCUUGCCUCAGAAGUGGCCACAAGCUCUGGGGGAGCCUGGGGAGGAGCAGAGCUGCCGGGACAAGGGGAGCAGAGUGUGGUGGGAUGGAGACCCCACAAAGCGGCAUGAACUUGUUCGUGGGCACUGUCCUGCUGCUCCUGCUGCUGCCUGAUGUUGCCAGAGGAAAGGACAGCUGUUCCAACCUGGAUCGGGGUGAUGAGCACCGUGAGUGCUGCAAGACGAUGGAGGAGCAGCAGAAGCCAGGCACCAGCAUCCGCAUCCUCCGCUUGUCCCAGCACUGCCCGGAGCUGUGGCGCUCUGAGAGCCGCGCCUGUGCCUGCCUGAGGGAGCGCUGGUUCAGGCUGCUGCAGUCGGGGCUGGCAGGGCUCAAGACGCUGCUCCUGAAUGUCAGCAGGGCUGUCACCCGUGAUGUCCUCAUCACCUUCUCCCCCACAGCGGGCCCCAGCAGGCUGAACACCACAGAGAAAGGGAAGACAGGUAAAAUCCACCUCCCCAGGGAGAUAUUCCGGUCCCUGAGUAGCCAAACAGUGCGUGUGGUGGUGACAGUUCUCAAUAUCCAGCAGCUUGGCAUGUUCAAGGAAGUCAACCAGACAGCGCAGGUCUUGGACAACACUGUGGUGGGCAUCACAGUGGGGGAGAGCAGCAUCUCGGGGCUGCAGGACCCUGUGCAGCUCACUUUUGCCCACGGGGAGCUGCCCCAAGGUGUCACCCCACAGUGCGUCUUCUGGGAUGCCAGCAAAGGGCGGGCAGGGGGCUGGGGCAGCAGUGGAUGUGUCACACAGCCCGGGGACAAGAGGACAGUCUGCUCCUGUGACCAUCUCACCUUCUUCACCCUCCUCCUGAACCCAGCUCUGGAUGGCUCCACAGCAAAAGCUUUGAUGGCUGUUGCCACCGCUGGCUGUGCUGUAGCCAUGGCUUUCUCCAUCUUCACCAUGGCCUUCUGCAUCUUCAUAAGGUACAGGUUCAGGUUUGAGGAGACCGUCCGCAUCAACCUGGGGCUGCACAUGAACCUCGUGGGCAGCCUGUUCCUCCUCAACCUGGCCUUCCUGCUCAACACUGGGCUCUCAGGCAGGACCCACCCAAGGACCUGUAGGGUCCUGGGAGGGGUCACCCACUACUGCCUGCUCUGCUGCUUCACCUGGACGGCGCUGGAGGGCUGUCAGCUCUACCUGCUCUUUGUCAAGGUCCUCGGCACCUACAUCCCCCGGUACCUGGCAAAGCUGAGCCUGCUUGGCUGGGGCCUCCCUGUUCUCGUGGUGGGAGUGGCAGGAGUUAUUGGCACCUAUGGAGAAUACAGCAUCCAGACCACAGACCAGCAGGUCAUAGCCCACCUGUGCUGGAUCACUUCCAAACAUCUUCUGGUCCACUACAUCACCAACUGUGGCUACUUUGGCCUCAUCUUCCUCUUCAACAUGGCUGUCUUCGGGGUGGUGACCCAGAAGAGCUGCAGCUUGCAGGGCACCGGGGCAGUGCAGGGUUACCAUAAGCCCUGGAAGGUGGCUCUGGUGGCAGCAGGGCUCUUCUGCCUGCUGGGAGCCACUUGGGCCCUGGCAUUCCUCACCUACGGCAUCUCCUCCACACCUGUGCUCUACCUCUUCACCAUCCUCAACUCUCUCCAAGGAAUAUUCAUAUUCAUCUGGUUGGUUGUCCUCUACUACCCAAAGACAAAGCAGGCCACUGGUUCCCUCUCCAACAUCAUCAGACAUGACAAAACCACCACAGCCUCCCAGGACUAGCUCCUGGCUGGGCCUCUCUUCCUGCCUGCUCCUGCAUCCACUGAGAGCAAUCUUUGAUCCUGGCAGAUGCAGCUUCCUCACAGAGGGAGACAUCA